AUGAGCCGGAGAUUCAGUGGAUCAAUUUCAGAAGUCAUCACCAUAGCCAGAAUCCAAUUCUGCGAUGAUCAGGACUGCGGAUUUGCGAGCGAGCAACACCUCUUGAUCCAACUUGAUCACAUCCCACUAGAUGGAAAGCUGGGAGUGGCCCUUUCAUAUAGCUGGGGAGAGUUUAACAGGCAAGAAGUUGCCGUCGGACACGACGUCUCAGGCAAUGUCAAAAAGUUGGAAUUGGGACAGGAGUGGCACGUAGGGGAUCUACAGGCCAGUCUGGCUGACCUGUCACAAAAGUAUGGAGGUUGUUGGAUGGAUCAGCUUUGCAUCAAGCAAGCAGCGGUCGACAUUCGAAAGUCCCUCGCAAACAUCCCAUCCAUUUACCGGACUCUGAACGUUGUCGUUCUCGUGCCGUCAUCGCCCUGCUCCUGCUCGGAAGAAAAUGCCAGACUGAUCAUCAAUUCUUUUGACUCUCGACUAACAGCGGAAGUAGGGAAAAUAGCACGCGAACACGCUGGCUACCGAAGGAAAAGCUGUCUCAACUCUUCCGGAUUGAUCUCGUACUUCGACCGAGUUUGGACAAGACAAGAAUUCAUGUAUAGCCGCCAGAUCUCGUUGUUGCGAACUUCCAAAGAACUCGUACCGUGUGUGAGGUGUGAGCAGGAUGUCGAAUCAUUGGGAACUUAUGCCGGCCUGCUUUUCCAGCGCAACAUCGAGGAAGGACAAACUCCCUCGACGGCCUACCAGGCAGUCAAAUCUGCGAACACCUUUUUCUUUCGCUACGCAAUGGAUGCGAUGAUAAGUUACUGUGCGUAUGAGCACGCCAGUUCCCGCACCGACGCUUCCUAUACGCUCUCGAAAUUCUUGCUUGGAGAAACUAUCGUAAACCAACAACCAGCUCCUGACCAAUUGAGUCUUUACAGCCAAUUGAAAAGUUUCUUGACUCAGCUCAGCCAACUUGGUAGGUCUGCACGAAGAGCUACAAAAGAAUGCGACUAUGUGCUUUCCGUCUGGGUUGACUGCCCUGGAUAUGUCAUUCCUACAAACUACAAAUCUAUGGACCUGCCGGAACUCUUGGAAGAUGCCAUCCUUCAACUCGAAAAGAAUCUGGACUGCUCUCCGUUAGUCACGGUACCUGCCGCCUUAUUCGGUAGAGAUGAAGCCGGCGGACUAUGGAGGCCAACAACAUACUUGCAACGUUCCGCGAUCCACGACGCGCGGGAACUAUAUAAUGUCUUGUCCAAGUCUCAGCGCGUUCCCGUGUCCAACGGGUCGAUCCCUUUGACGUGCUUUCUCGAACAUUCGCUCUCGGUGUCAUCUAGAGCCGAUGACUAUAUCAGAUUGUUUGAAGGGUGGCCAACAGCAAAAGUCUUCGACGCAAUGAAGAAUGUGUGCAGCGGAUGGCCCGAAGAUGUGCUGGCCCGCGUGAGAGACGCGCACGGCAUGCCCUCAGCCGAUUCCCGCGAACACUACUUAGUGACCUUGUUCGCUGAACUUGUUGUAGUGAAAGCGAUGAAUGCGCUGGAAACAAUCUCAAGGAAGGAACCCUCGUGGGAAAUUCGCGACACCGAUCACCAUGAUGCCAUGUACGGGCUCGUUGCUAUCGCCUUGGGUAUCAGCAGGUCUGCCUGUGAAGCGCAAGGUCUCCGGCUCAUGGUGUCUCUGGAAUAUCCGCCUUGCAUUGGGUUUAUGAAGCCCGAGCUCAGCCUGCAGGAGCCGACGCCGACUUAUAACGAGAGAGUUCAAGGCCGGCAAGGCCACAACGACGAGUAUCUAACGGUUUGUACUGCCGUGUACAGCCAUAAAGCCGGGUGUGCGUUACUUGAAGCGUCGAUCGAGGCCCAAGGUCCGCCUGUUGUUCUGAAAGUCUCUGGAAUCUGGGUCCCGAUGAAGUACACGCCUCUUCAUGAAGUGGCGGCGCUAGCGCAAACUUCUAGCAGAGACGGGCGUCUGGGAGGGCCGUCUGUUUCCCCAGCAUUCGAUCCGUUCAAGUAUUUGAUUUAUAUUGUCCCGGAAACCCAGACCGAGAAUAUAGUCAUUAGUGAGAGGCCGCUGGACGAUUCAGACCUUCCAGCACACCAUAAGAAGGUUCCUGCCACAUCUCAGCGGCCGAGGUAUCUUCGACUCGUCUUUUUCUCUAUUGUUUUUGUUUAUAGCCUGUUGGCCUUGGCCGUUUGGACUAUACUGUUAAUGUCUUAA